AUGCUUCAUCACUCGCCACCUCGUGGCUACACGACGCCCCCAUUUCCGAGCCUAACAUGGGAAAUCCUCGACCCGACAGCAAGAAAGGAACGAUCCCUCUUCUAUAUUGGCGAUAUCUGGAGGUUUACCCUGCUAUGGACUCUCAUUAUCUACGCUCUGUUCCACCUUGCCUGUGCUGGCAUCGCCAUCGCGAUGCAUGCACAGAAUAAAACGGCGUGGAAGUUUAUCUGGGUUGUUCCCGUCCUCUACCUGUUCGUUGCCGGCGUCCAGGGCAUAGUUGCUGGGAGCGUCGUUGGUCUAAUGCUUGGCGCUGUCUACAAUGCUGGCUUCUUCUCCAUGUCGCCAUGGAUCCCCUUUGCUUGGGGUUGGAUCAACGUCCUCGUCCUCGUCAUCUCGUCCUUCUCGAUCCAAGGCGGUCUAUAA